AUGGCUCGAUAUGCCAGGGCUCCGAUUUUGGGAGAGGACCCCUUGGCUCACGUGGGAUCCUUGGUGGGCCCCGAGGCUGCUCGGGAGAAUCUGCUUCGUGCUAACCCGCAGUGGAGGGUUCCUGGGGCCGAAGAGAGGAAUCCGGCUAUGAUGGCCCAGUACUAUCUGAACGAGGCUGUUUUCUGGUCUUCGUUCGCUUCCGAGUGUAGCUCGGUUGAGGAGAAACAACUGAGGAAAUAUCGUGAGGCUUAUGCUCGUGAUAUUCCCAUUUUGGACCAGAAGGCUGGGCAACUCCUCUCCGAGCUUACGGAACUCAAGCAGCUGUACCUUCACUAUAGUCGCGAGGCUAGAGAGUCUGCUGAGAAGAUCGGGACCGAGGUUGGCCAGCUCAUCUUCCGAGUUGAAGAGGAUGCUGAGAAGAUCGCUUCCUUUGCUGAGGAAAAGAAGGAUAUGGCCGCUAAGUUCGCUAGCGAACUUGAGGAAAAAGAUAGACUCUUCCAGGAGAUGAAGUCUAAAUUUGAAGCGGCCGACAAGGAGCAUAAAGAGGCGGAGUUAAGGCUCCACCAUUUUGUCCAGCAUCGGGAGCUGAUCCAGCAGCAAGCUGAUAAGGUGCCUGUCCUUCGGCUGAAGCUUCGGGAAAAGGAUGACUAUGUUCGGAAGUUGGAGCAGGAGCGAGUCAACCUCUACACUGCUGAUCAGUCUAGGCUCGGAACGUAA